GUGAGUGUGUGGCACGUUCUUUUCUUCCAAAAAUUUCUUUCGGCUUGUGUUUAUGUCAUCAAAAAUUUUCGGUUUUUUUCGAAAUUCAAUUCGCUAAACGAAAAAACAAUGGCCAACAUUUUACGUAAUAAAAUUCUUAAAUCGGGUAAUGAAGAAAUUGAUCCAUUCGAAGAAAAUAUUGCUCAGGCAUUAUUGGAUCUGGAAAUGAAUACCGAUUUAAAAAGUCAACUUCGUGAAUUGCAUAUAACCGGUGCAAAAGAAGUUGAUGUUUCGGGUAAAAAAGCCAUUAUUAUUAAUGUUCCCGUACCACAAUUGAAACAAUUUCAAAAAAUUCAAAAUCGUGUUGUUCGAGAAUUGGAAAAGAAAUUCAGUGGUAAACAUGUUGUUAUUAUUGCUAAACGAACAAUUCUGCCGAAACCAACACGAAAACUUCGAACAAAAUCUAAACAAAAAAGACCAAGAAGCCGUACAUUGACUGCUGUUUAUGAUUCAAUUUUGGAAGAUUUGGUUUUUCCGGCCGAAAUUGUUGGUAAACGUACACGUAUUCGUUUAGGUGGUAGUCGUUUAUUCAAAAUUCAUUUGGAUAAAUCAUCACAAACCCAAAUUGAACAUAAAGUGGAUACAUUUUCAGCUGUUUAUAAAAAACUAACUGGACGUGAAGUAACAUUUGAAUUUCCUGAACCACUUUUCUAAUAUAAAAAAAAUUUAAACAAAAUGACUGUUUGGCAAAAAUAAAAAUCUUUUUUUUUCGAAAAGUUAUC